UGUGUUUCAGAAUAUAUAUUUGGAAUGACGGAGAUAACCAUGGCAACAGAUCGCGAGAUGAAUCCUUUCCGUCGCUUUGUAUUGCAUGUUAACCGAAAGAGGAUUGUCAGGCUGUUCCUCCAUGUUUCGUUCGUUGCUGUCGUCGUGGUCCUUGUUACAACUUACAGUAAAUUCGGAGCAAUCAAUAGGAACAUAAACCUCUCAAAGAUUCAUGCCAACACAUGUCGCUGUGACGAAGGAAUCUUCAAUGUCAUACCCAGGGAAUCCUCCAGCGAAGCCAAACCGAAAAAACUGGUAUCUGAUUAUCUUCAGGCUCAUGGUCGAUAUUCGUCAGAAGUUCGCCAUAUUGCUUUCUUGAAGGUCCACAAAUGUGCCAGUUCCACCAUGCUUAAUAUCUUUUAUAGGUUCGGUUAUAAAAGGGGACUUAACUUUGUACUACCCACUAAAGGUAACUACAUAUCUAUGAUUCAACAAAAAGGAGUUAUAUCACUUGUCCCUCCACCCGCCAUGUCCGGGUAUGAUAUUCUUUGCAACCAUGUUCGUAGAUUCAACAAAGAACAAUUCUCUCGUUUCCUUCCACAAGACACUAAGUAUAUAGCCAUAGUUCGAGAACCUUUCCAAAGAAUGUACUCGGCGUUUAACUAUUAUCGGAACCUAGCACGCUUUUCAUUCUUGACGGUAAUUGGGGGUUUGGACCCUUUCAAAACCUACCUCAAUAAUAUCGCAUCCUUGGAAACCAAGUGGGGAGAUUACUCUGUUACUAACAACAGGAUUGCAAGGGAUUUCGGUUUUCCUAUUGCGGACUACAGAAACAUUUCAAAGUUCAAAACAUAUCUGGAAACACUUGAUAAGCAGUUCCACUUUGUAAUGGUCUCCGAGAUGUUUUACGAAUCACUGGUGCUCUUGCGGAGAUUGCUAAAAUGGUCAGUGGAAGAUGUGAUAUUUCAAUCAAUAAAUGUGCAUGAACACAAAACUGUCACAAUGAAUGUUAGCGCGGAGAAUAUCAAACCUUUUCUAGCUCUUGAUCGUAUUCUGUAUGACCAUUAUGUCAAAAGACUUAAAGAACAGAUUACUUCAGAAGGGCCAGAUUUUCACAAGGAGCUUCAAUACUUCAAAGAUAUAAACUCCAAAGUCACAGAGUUUUGUAUUGCAAAGAAUACUACGAACAAACCACUGUUAUUCCGGGCAAAUGAUUGGCAUGGUGAUUUUAACUUCAAGCUACAUGACUGUGACUGGAUCGGUAAAGCUGAGAUUAGGUUUCUGAAUUUAGUACGGGACGAACAAACAUAUCGUGUUAAGAAAUAUGGAGCUAAUAUAAGUUACUUCCAAUAAAGUCUAUCUAUUUGUAUGGUACAAUGAUAAUUUUACCAUGACAGUGGAGAAUGACUGCUUUUGAUUGGUCAAAAUAAGAUGAAAAUCGGAUAUCUCAUUCCAUUCGAUACCUCAAAGUUAACAUGCCUUUUCAAACAGAAAACUUCCAUAUGAAUCUAUCGAUAACCUACGUAUCGAUUCAUAGAACAAUAGCCAACGCAAACACAUUAGAAUUGUAAACGUUCUGUAUCAUCUAUUUAACAUGAUGAAAUCUAUUUCAGAACACACAAUUAUGUAAAACACAAACUAGCCAUUAUUCAAGCUCCAGACAAUCAUCGGUAAUGAAAAUGAGCAGUGCCUCAGACUAAAUACGGCGGUAAUCAAGGAUACUCCAAUGUGGUUCCUUUGGCACACGGUGUUGAUGAUCACGUUCGUGAUGAACAUAAAUAAAGAUCGGCAUUGUCCUUUGGGUUCGUGCAAUUUGUAAAUAACACUGCCGUCGUGAACAAUUUUGGCAGCCAUGGAGCGAAGAGUAACUGAAGAAGGUAAUGUUGAACCAUGUCGAGAUUUGGGGUGGAGAAUCAUUCUGAAUAUGUAUUGCCGUUACUGUGGAUUUAUUUCAAGCCAACUGCCACAUAAGUACAACUUCAACAUCAUAAAGCCCAAUGAUUUAAUAAGCUGAUUGAGAAAUACAUUAGCUCAGCGGUGUUUUCUGAGACUAUUUCUGUAACCUGUCAUCCUACACAGGGAGCUUUCAUGUUGAAUCCAAGCAGCGCAAAUAUGCAACAUGAAUAUAUCUUUGAAGGCUGUAUAAAAGUUUACUUUUCACUGUAAAGCAGUAUCUAUACAGUUGAUUCCCCGACAGAUUUUGUCAAAAUA